AUGCCAAGCGUUCCUCGAAUCCCUUCAACAACCCCGUGGCUUGAGAUUUUAACGGAUUUUGGGUUUCCCAACAAGCCGUUCAUUCUCGAAUCAUCCGCUACCGAUGAAUGGCCAGCGCGAAAAAAUUGGGUUUUGGGCGAUGGCUCUCCCAAUCUUCAAUAUUUCAUAGAUAAUUAUGGCGACGCGAUUGUUCCAAUUCUUGACGGCGAUUGUUAUGAGAAAGUGGUUCUGCGUGAUUAUUUGCAAAAUCUUGACAAAAAUCCGCAAAAAUAUUUGAAAGAUUGGCACUUUCAAAAUGAUUUUGGCGCCGCUGAUUACAAAUUGCACCCGUUUUUUGCUAGGGAUUUCGUGAACUACGAGAAUUUCGCUAAAGAAUCAAACCCGUUUGGAGACGAUUAUAGAUUUGUGUAUUUCGGAUUUAAAGGCUCAUGGACCAAAUUCCAUUCGGACGUUGUUUCUUCGCAUAGUUGGUCGGCAAAUGUCUGCGGUGAAAAGUUGUGGCUCAUGCUGGAGCCAGGAAAAGAGAAUCUGUUCAAAGCCGCAACAGAUUCGGGAUUUGUUGAGGAUCUCAGGGAGCAUGAGGAUCGUUGGGAAGAAGCGGGCCUCAUGAAGUUCGUGCAGCACGCCGGCGAAAUAGUGUUUGUGCCGACUAACUGGUAUCAUCAAGUGCAUAAUUUGACGGACGCGAUAUCGAUAAAUCACAAUUGGAUGAAUUGCACAAAUAUUGAAAUUGUUGGCGAGUUUUUGCGGAGGCGCGAGCGCGAUGUUCGAAAUGAGCUCAGCGAUUGUGCGGCGAUGUUCGACAAGGAUGAAUUUGAGCAAAAAGUCGAGCUUGUUCUAUUCGCCGAUGCCCGUCUGAAUCGCUCUCGAUUCCGCGACCUGCUCCAGCUCCUUUUGAGAAAUAGAAAGAGUCCCAAUUUCCGAUGUCCCGUCCAUAAGAAGGACUUGAGAUCCUGUAGAGAAUCUGAGGAAUGCUUAAAGAGGAUCCGAUCCAUUUGCACUUGCACUAAUAGCUUUUGCAAGAAAUGCCUUGAAUUUGUUAUGAAGCAGCUCAGCGAGCAUGAGCUUCAGGAGAUAUUUCAGCGAGCCAGUGGGUCUAUGGAAAGAGGUCCGCUAGAUGUGGAGCCGGAAGUUUUCACAUAUUAUGGAAAAAUCUUCGAUAAAUGCCUUCGCGGCAAUUCGGAAUCGCCGAUUUCAGAAGAAUCGAGCCAUUUGAGCCCUGCGACCAAGGAAACAAUGAUUGCAAUAUUGCGCGGCGGUCGAAAAAUUGAAGAGAAGCCCGUCAAAUGGAAUGUCAAUAUUGUUGUCGGCAACAAGUACGUUUUGAAAAGUUUGCGACCGGUGGUGACAAUGGACAUUCCCAAUGGGACCAAAGUGGAGAAACUCGAGUUUGAUCUCGACACAUUCUCGCAAUUCCGAAUGCAAUUGGCGAAAGCUGUGAUGAACACAUUCCAUAAUCAAGAAUAG